CCUCCCGGCUCCUGCAAGGCUGGUGAUGCGGCGGAGCCGGCCGCCCGGCGCCGGGCCCCGUUCUGCGCCGAAGAAUUAGAGGUGAGCGAUCCCUGCCGCCGGGGGGCCUGGGUGCAGCCGGUGCCAGCAGGGAGCCCACGGCGAGAACCCCGCGCGCCACCCCGAACACGGAGCAACUAGAGUCCGAGCCGAGGAGGCGUUUUCUGGCCCUGGCCUGGCGGUGCUAGUCGCGGGGCCGGGGGUGGGAACCCAAGCAAGCGAGAAACGAGUUGGAGAGGAGGCGGCCUCGAGUUGUACGGGCGCUGGGCGCUGGAUGCCGGUGUCGUACCUCUGUCAGACAAGCCGGCGGUGUAUGCCACCGGAUCCUGCUUCAGUCCCGCCAAGGCUAUGCGAGAACGCGUCCAGGACUGGCCGGCAGGACUCGUGCUGUAUGUAGGACCCUUUGGGCACCCCGGCAUGCUGCACAGGGCCAAGUACAGCCGCUUUCGGAACGAGUCCAUCACGUCUUUGGACGAAGGUGGCCCCGGAGGCUCGGCAGGGAACAAAGGCUCGCAGCAGCCUCCCUACUCAGCCCUGGCACCCCACCUGCCCGCGGAAGAUGCUACCCUGCCGGCCCAGGAGAGCCCCACCCCGCUGUGCACCUUGAUCCCUCGCAUGGCAAGCAUGAAGCUGGCCAACCCAGCCACUUUGCUGAGUCUGAAAAACUUUUGCUUGGGUACCAAAGAGGUGCCCCGGCUGAAGCUCCAGGAGAGCCAGGACCCGGCUCCCAGCAGCCCUGCUUCCCCCCACACCGGUCUAAGCCAGACCGGCUCUGCACUGCCAGCACAGACUGACCCGGUGGGGCCCAGGGAGGCAGCCUUAACUCCGGAGGCUUGCCCGCUUCCCGGCCCUGGAGAGCCAGUCCCCAGGACCCGGCAGGACAAACAGCACUUGCAGCACCUGUUGGGGACCGGCCUGAACUACUCUGUGAGGUACAUGGGCUGUAUUGAAGUGCUGCAAUCAAUGAGGUCACUGGAUUUUGGAAUGAGAACUCAAGUUACAAGGGAAGCAAUAAGCCGCCUAUGUGAAGCUGUGCCUGGGGCAAAUGGAGCCAUUAAAAAGCGAAAGCCCUCAGUUAAGCUCCUGUCAACAGUCCUUGGCAAAAGUAAUCUUCAGUUUUCGGGAACAAAUGUAAAACUGACCAUCUCAACAUGCAGCCUCACACUGAUGAAUCUUGACAAUCAACAGAUUAUUGCAAAUCACCAUAUGCAGUCUAUUUCCUUUGCUUCUGGAGGGGAUCCUGAUACCACAGACUAUGUUGCCUACGUAGCUAAAGAUCCAGUUAAUCAACGAGCCUGCCAUAUCCUGGAAUGCCGCAACGGAACAGCCCAAGUCAUCAUAAGCACCAUAGGGCAGGCUUUUGAACUCCGGUUUAAACAGUACUUGAAAAAUCCUUCUUUGAAUACUUCUUGUGAAAGGGAGGAAGCGCACAAGGAUGGCCCUGCGAGGGCAGACCCUGAGUAUUACAAUGAGAUCCCAGGGAAGCAACCUCCUGCUGGUGGCGUUUCAGAUGUGCGAACCCGAGUUCCAGCUACAGAACAAAUGGCUUUCUGUCCCAUACGGUGUGAAAAGUUGUGCUAUUUGCCUGGAAACUCCAAGUGCAGCAGUGUCUACGAGAAUUGUUUAGAACCAAGCAGGUCAAUAGGUGAUGCCCAUGACAGAGGAGUGCAGUUCCUACGAGAGGCCUCCUUCAUGAAGCACACGUGUCGAGUGGAUCUCUUUGAUGACCCUUGCUACAUUAAUACACAGACCCUUCACGGUGCGCUCGGCUCUGCCAGAGAGCAGAGCUCAAGUCAAGCAAUGGGGAGCUCGUGGCUUCCUGGAAAGACACCAGAAACCGUUCAGCCAGGUGCCACAGCCCAGCCUGCCAGCGAACAUUCUCUGCCACAUAUCAAGCAGCAGCUGUGGAAUGAAGAGUGCUACCACGGCAAGCUGAGCAGGAAGGCAGCCGAAAGCCUGCUGAUAAAGGAUGGGGACUUUUUGGUUCGAGAGAGCGCAACGUCCCCCGGCCAGUAUGUACUGAGCGGACUCCAGGGAGGCCAGGCCAAACAUCUUCUCCUGGUGGAUCCCGAAGGCAAGGUGAGGACCAAAGAUCAUGUGUUUGAUAAUGUUGGCCACCUUAUCAGAUACCACAUGGAUAACAGUUUGCCAAUCAUCUCUUCUGGAAGCGAAGUAAGCCUUAAGCAACCUGUGAGAAAAGACAGUACUUCAGCACUUUUGCACUUGAAGAAAUGACACUUUUGAAGUAACCACCACACUGAUCUUUCAAGAAAUUCCAUUUUGUGUUAGGACACAAAGGGAGCUCAGACUUGCUUUCUAGAUAAAAUAGGGCACAAACUGCAAAGUGCGUCUUUCUGAGACCAUCACAGAUCAGAUCCUUUAUAAAGUAAACAACUAACAAAACUGAUCUUCAGGAAAGAGGAAGAGGAUCGACCCAUGUGAAAAGAAGUUAUACGUAUGCACAGAUGUCACUUUUUUAAAAGUCGUAAUGCAUUAAUAACAAGCUAAAAGCACAAUUAACAUUACACCUGCUAGAAACAACUUGAACUGCUGGGGCAGUAGUAUGUGCCUUUCAACUUGAUAACUUAGGGACGUUUUCAUAUUGGGGAUUGUAGUUUUAAGUGUCUUCAUGUUCUAUCACUACAGAACCAUUUGCCAAAAAAAAAAAGAAAACUUUUUCCUUGCUACAGGAAAAUGGAGCAAUUUGCUUGAUAGUUAACAUUAUUAUAUUUUUGUUUUAGUGCCAUUUUCACUGUAAUGUUACAAUAAAUAUGACAUUGAACUCAGACUGUGUGUAUGCUGUGGAAUCAAGAAAAAAGCCCUUAAAAGUGUUGGUCUGUUCCAUGGGUCUGUCUCAUGUACUGGUUAAAGGCUUGAGGUCCCGAUUCUUUGGUCCAGUGUUUGCAACAUGCUGCUGUUUAGACUGUGUAUACAGCAUGUGAUAAACUGAAGAGAUUCUGGUUUCAGCAUUUCCUCCCUCUCUUCCCUGUCCAAAAACAAGGCUCUUGAGUGCAUGAAUUUAAAACAUGAUGAACAAAACCAGUGCUCUUUGUUUUCAGUAUCUAAAUUGGUUAUGUUCUUAUUGAAAGCACAAACACGGAAAUUAGGGAAAUGCCAGUCU